AUGGCACUGCAGCUAGUGUACAAUAUAGGCAGCAUCUUUUUAGCUAAACAGCUGGUACGACUUGUGACUGAGAGAGACAUUGAGCUCAUCAAGCGUGGAUCUCAGUGGUGUUACCAGAGCCAGUACUCCUGUGAUGACACAUGCAGAGACCCCAGCCGCUGGGAAGUGCAGUUUCCCAGCUGUGGAGGAUUACACCAGUCACCAAUUAAUAUUGUCACCAGCAAAGUGCACGUUGACAGCAGCCUGCCACCCUUCGACUUCAUUGGUCACACCAACCCAAUCAACAUUACAGUGACAAACAAAGGACACUCUGCUCACUUUGCCCUGCCGCAGUCAGUUCGACUGACUGGAGGAGCUCUGCCGGGUCACUACAGAGCCAACCAGUUUCAUUUCCACUGGGGAGGGAGUGGGAGACCAGGAUCAGAGCACACCAUCGACGGAGAGAGAUUCCCCAUGGAGCUGCAUAUAGUCCACAUCAAAGAACCAUACAGCUCUCUGGCAGAGGCAGAACAUGAUAUGGCAGGUAUAGCUCUGCUCGCAUUUCUGUUUGAGGAAACAAAAGACGAUCAUCCACAUUUGAACAAUGUAAUUGCUGCUUUGGGCCGAGUACAAAACAAUGGCAGCAGCACAGUGAUGUCAAACUUUCACCUCAGUGACAUCAUCCCCUCUGCGAAGGACCUCCACAGUUACUACCGCUAUGUGGGCUCCAUGACAACUCCAGGUUGUGAACAAGCAGUCGCCUGGACAGUUUUUCAAAGGACCCUGUUGAUCAGCAGUCGACAGCUGGAUGCAAUAUUCCGGCAGUGUCGUUUUUGGACGGGACAGCCCAUGACAGACAUCUUCAGACCUACGCAGCCUCUGGACGGCAGAGUCGUGUACCGUUCCAGGGCGGGCGCAGCUCAGGCCAUUGCGGUCCACUUGUGGUUUGGUGUUUUCUUAGUUGUGCUCGGGACAACGGGUCUGAUCCACUGACUCAGCACAUGAAAACACCUGAUUUAAGUGGCGCAAAGCUACUGUGUAUAUUGUAUGUAAAGGCAACUAGAGUCAGCAAACUGGUAAUUAUGGUUAUUCAUUAAACAAAAUUGCUACUGCAUAUUG